GCUUGCAUCCUUUCAACUGACGUCGAUGAGGCUGUAGGGCUUAACUGGGUUCUAUCAGACACGCGGCGACUGCUCUCGUCCCUCAACUGUAUCCUUGGAGAAAUAGAUUCUUCACGUACUGAGGUCGAUUCUUCGUGUGCAUCGGACUUACAAGAUUCUCGUGCGUGAGGCAGGUUUUUGCUGGCGACUCAAGUUGAGCUCUGGAGAAACAAUUGCAACAAUAACUGGAACCCUAAGUCCCUGAGGCUGUUCCUUCCAUGUUCUUUUCAGAAACAGGAAUAUGAUGGUCCUUUUCCACGAGGCAAUUAUAAGGACCUAAUACGAAGUACAGGCCAAGGGCAGGGCCAUCCUCUCACCAUCCAGCCUCACCAUGUCAUCUCCAGCAAUAUCUAUUGGCCAUAGCAGCAGUUGCCAACUUGAAUACCUGUCUACCGAAGGCCAACCUACCAGAAGGUCUCCUUCGCCACGUCCUUCCUCGCCUUCCCUUUCUAGAAACUCUUCGACAACUCUACCUGAGGAAGACAUUGCUGACACCCCUCUAUGUCACGGUGCCGAUGUCCCAGAACGUAUCCUAGAUGUACCAAUACCUGGACAGAAUAUAGUACCGCCGCCAAAAAGCUCUCAGCCUCCUGCGCCCCAACCCAACGGUCAUCCAGCCAGGAUUAUUGCUAUGCCAGUCUCGCCAGAGGAUGUGAUUACCUGGCGCUAUGAAAGGGAGCCAUUCCGACCUGGUUGUGUAGCAAAGAUCACUACGAUCGAACCGAUGGUGAUGACAUAUUUACGACGGGAUGUCCCACCUGAGUGGGAAGCAUGUGAGCAUCCAGAAGGCAAACUGUAUUUUAGGCACCCAGGCAAGCGUAUCUUGACACAUACAGACAUCUCCGAUCCAGAGAACCUCAAGGAUAUUGAGGCACUUUAUCAGUCUGUCGAAAGCAAACUCGAAGACUUCAACCCGAGGCGACCGUCCGAUCUCGAGAUGGUACUAGAUAUUCGACGCGGAAAAAAAACGAUCUUUGGAUAUUAUCUCGCAUCCUGGGAAGCUCGUGCUGUAACGUGGGCCGAAGAAACUGAUAUUUGGUUGGCGACGCUAGGAGAACGAGACGUAUACUGCCAGGCGCACCUCCGACACGCCGUGGAGAGGCAGUUCUGGUCUCACAUUGAAAUGUUUCCAAAUCAUCGGAAUAUUCCAGCGCAUUUGAUUGAUGAACUGAAGGACACACUACUUUUUGGGUGGAAUGAUUUGAUGACCUCUGAUACUUCGACCGUACCUUACGAUGAACGUAAGCUCUCUGAGCUUUCACGUGUCAUGGAAAAAGUGAAAGAGGGACGCAUGAACGGCUACCGGGCGAUAGUCAUUGCCCGUAAUAUGGGGACUUUUUGUAUGUGCCUUUCUAUGUGUUUUACUCCGAGAACUCUGACAUACUUUGUUCCACAAGGUAAGGAAAGGUUUCUCAACUACCACGGUCAACCCGGUGCACGUCUCAACCGCGAUGAAUGCAUGAGCGAGGCUACUGUCCAUCGCGAACGUUCCUUGACAUUCCUUCUGCUAUCACCGUGCCUCUUCUGGAUGCCAGAUAUCUACCUUGCCGAGCUGGAGAAGAUAUGGGUUGAUAAUACUGUCAAUUACAGACCUUGGAAUAGGUUCAUUACUGAGCUGAAAAGAGACUGGAAAGCCUCGACUACACCGGCAACAGUCCUACUUUCCGCUAAUGUGGGGUUCCUAGCGAUACAAAGUCUGGAUAUCUCGGACCCAAAUAAAUCGGUUAACCAGAUCACCAGCUACGUUUCGACACUACUAAGCCUGGCCACAUACAUUAUUUGUCAAAUUCUAACACGUCAGCAUCGUGGGGUGUCAGACAGAGACGACGCAUCUAGGGCGGCAUCAUAUCUAGCGAGAAAAAGUAGCUCGUACUUCGGCAUGGAAGCAGUCGCGUUCGCCGUGAGCUUACCUAUCGCAUUAUUUAUCUGGAGCAUGCUUACCUUCCUGCUCGCCGUAUCAUAUGUGUGCUUCUUCCAGACUAGCACGGCUACGCGGAUUGUCACCGGAGUCUGUUUUAGUUUCCUUGCGGUGAUCACUGGGUUGGUGUUGUACAUGGAUUGGGGAACAAACCCAUCUGUGCAACCAGACAUCCGCGGCUCGACUCUGAGGACACUGCGUCGAAGACUUCCCAUUGUCUUCGGGUGGAUGGGUAAGAGGAAAGUUUCCGGACUGCGUAGAAAAAUGACGUUGGGGUCUCAGAGCGCCGUCUGACGGUGAAUGUCGUGUAACACAUCAUAAUUACUGAUCGCCGCUGUAUAUAUAGUUAUCUUUAUGCACGUCAUCCUACGUACCUAGUAGGGUUUGACAUCGUGAAACGCAUGUGUUUGAGUAGGAUUGCGCACAAAAUCAUGAAUACAAUCUCUCAAAGCUUCUAGUACUC